AUGUUCAAGGAUGUUCGUAAUAAUGAGGCAAUGCGACCGAUGUCGAUGUCCAGACGGAUUCACUGGCCAGUUUUGCGAGCAAGUAAUGCCCGGCUAUGGAGCAGUAUGUGGAGGAAGGUUGCAGGUAACCAAAACUUGAAAUACUUAUCCGGCGGUAAUCAUGCUUCGGUCAACAGUGGAUGGACGAGGUUUAGCAGUCCAGGAUAUCCACGGGAGUUCAAGGAGGGGCAAGAAUGCUCUUGGUUAUUGGUAGCUCCACAGGGACAAGUAGUUGAGAUGCAGUUUAUUGGAGAGUUUGAAAUGUAUUGUAAGCUUUUGAGUUUUAUCACAAAACGUCAUUUGUGGAACAUCCGCCCCUUUCUCCGCCCAUUUUUGGCGUUCGGCAUUCAUUAUGCAUGGAUUAUGUCGAACUUCUAUCGCGGCGGUCGCGGUUUCGAGGCACGAGCCCGUGCGCUACCAGCGAACGGUCAGUGGGCGCCAUGGACCCCGUGGACACCUUGCACAGCUAGUUGUGGUGCAUGCGGCUCACGAAUGCGGACACGUAUCUGCCCUUAUGGAGCAUGCGCGUAUGUAUUUUGCACAUUCACGUUUUUCCCCCUUGUCAGCACUUGUUCAAUCACGUCAACUGGAUAUUUGUGUAAUUGCACACCUAGCACUAAAAGUGCAAACUUAGCUCUGGAAACUCUGGAAUUCCGGCUUUUUGGUAAUUCGGGUGUGUAG